GGCGUUGCUCCUCGCAAGGUAAAGGUCGUCCGCGCAUGCGAUAGUCUUCAUACUGCAAGGCGCCGGCAUUCUCGAACGGUCACCGUGGUCUCGCAUUGCCAAGAUGUCUCGAUUCGCUGUGUUGGCGCUCUUCCUGGUGGCCAUUGUCGUGACGGGCGCCAGCGCUCAGGGCAGGCCCCGCCUGUGCUCCCUCUCACCUGACAGGGGACCCUGCCGCGGGAACAUCCCCCGCUUCUACUUUGACAGUUCGUCCAGAACGUGCCGCCGAUUCAUCUACGGUGGGUGCAAGGGCAACGAGAACCGUUUCAACACUCCUGGACAGUGCACCCGCGUCUGCGGCUGAGAUCGCUUACUGUAUUUUCAAAACCAGGCCGAAGCCAUGAUGUAAGAUUCUUCGGACAUCACGCUCUUUUUCGUGUCUUUACCAUAAGCUAAUAAAUUGAGGGUUCUGUUUCUUGCAA